AUAGUAGUAGCAAGGCAAGAAUGGCUUAUAACGAAAAUAGUGACAACGAGCACAAUGGGCAAACAACGGAAUAUGUUCAUUCGUGGAAGAGUAUAUGGAUAUAUGUUCAAUGUUAUUUUAUAACCAUUGCAUCUAUAUUGGGAACAGGAAUUUUAGGUUUACCGGAUACUGCUUGGCGGUCUGGCUUUACGCCAUUCCUUACAUCAUUUCUUAUUGAUUAUGUAAUGCAGGCCCUUAGUAUCCUCUUCUUUGUGGACUUAUUGCAGAAAGCUCAAGUCUACCUGCUAAGUAUUCAAGAGAAUAAUCCUGAGUCGGUUCCACUAAAUGAGAUAAAUAGUGAAGACGACCUGAAUGAUUGCCAAAAUGAAACUUCUACAGAUGGCUCGGUCGAGUCAAGUGACGACGUCUUACGCAAUAUUUGGUCAAGGAAUCAAGAAAACUAUAACAACCUACACCAAUUAUCCUUAUUAUACAUGCAUUAUUAUUUAUGGAUACCUUUUGAUGCAACAGUGUUUUUACUGCUAAUGUCAGUUAUUAUAAGUUACUCUCUGGCAGGACCCCAAGCCUAUGCACAGCUGCUCGGAAUUCAGAAUUAUGUUAUCGUGAUACCGUUCUUUGUCUGGAUACUGGCCUUCAGUAUCGCUGUCUUUGGCGAUAUAAUCAAGGUCACAAUAUCUAUUUUAACUCUCUUCAAAUGUAGCUUACUCACAGCUGUGGUGGUGUUGUAA